AAACACUCAAAGAAGCCCAGUCAUGAAGAGCUUCAAACCCAUUAUUAUUUUUCUAAUUGUUGAGUUAUCCUUUGUGCCUGCAACUCCCGACGGUGUCGUCAUAACUUGUUACCAUUCCGGUGAAGAUUCUUGGGAACAAACACAAGUGGUCAAAAACGCUUCCACCCAUCAAAUCAAAGAAAUCUGUCCUGGAGAUGGCGAGCAGAAUCAACGCAUCGAAGUCAAAGGGUCAGUGAAAAUUCUGUACGAAGAUUCCUUCAAGGGUAUACCCAAAUUACGUGGAAUCAACGUUUAUGGGACGAACUUAGAGGAAAUUGAGCCUGGAACUUUCAAAGAUCUGCCAGAGUUAGACAGCGUAGAUUUGAGUAGUAACAAUUUGCAGGAAAUUAAAAGUGGAACUUUUGUGAAUUUGAAAGUUGAGUAUUUGUCCCUACCAGGGAAUUCGAUUUCGCUCCUACAAGAAAAAGCGUUCGUGAACUUAUCACAUGUUCAAGAGUUAAGUCUUGAAAAGAAUAAUUUACAAGAACUAAAGCGAGGAAUUUUUCAAGAUUUGCAUGUGACACGGAUCGAUUUAUGGUCAAAUAAUAUUUCGAAAAUAGAGGUUGGUACGUUUGAUACUGUGUUUCCAAGGAAUGACGAUGGAAUAACUUUGAAUUUAUCAAACAACAGUAUUGCUGAAAUAGAUUCUUCUGUUUUUGACUACAAGCAUACUAUUAUUUUAACGUUGUCAGACAAUUCCAUUUCGGUGCUUCGUCCAGGUGACUUACGUAACUUGCCUCAUUUAAGAGACAUAUCACUCUCAGGAAACAAAUUAAAGGAAGUCCCAGAGGGAGUUUUCAACGGUUCAGAAAUCGGAUUCCUUGUCUUGAACCACAACGAAAUUUCUUUCAUAGCAAGUAAAGCUUUUGACGACAUGAAACACUUGUAUUAUGUUAGUCUUAAUAAUAACAAAUUGAAGGAAUGGGAUAGUAAUUGGUUCCGUGGAGAACGACGAUUGUCGAUUAUAUUUUCGUCUAAUUUUCUGGAGACAAUUCCGGCAGAAGCUUUCACGAAUAUUCCAGAGGGUACUAUGUUAUACCUAGACCACAACCGUAUCAAGAGUAUUUCCGACAGUGCUUUCACUGGUGUGACCAAAUUGGAGGGGAUUGAUUUGGGUCACAACGAAAUAGAAGAGUGGAAUGUUGACCUUUUGAAAAAUGUGGAAGUUGAAGAUUUCGUUGACUUAACGGAUAAUAAAAUUAAGUGUCCUGAAAAUGGUUCAGGUUCACUGGCUCCUAAAGCACACACAAUUUAUCUCACCAAUUGUUCGCAAAUUGUUACAGGUUGAGUACGAUCUGUCAAAAUAAAACUUUGUGUUAAAGAAAA